AUAUUCGGGGAUCCCAUCAAACUCACCGUGAUUCCUGAAGAUCCGUCCCCUGUGGAUCCGAGGCUGUUUAUCCUGAGUCCUCUGCAGCCUGAUGGGUGGGUGGGGAAGGCGCCGGGCACGCUGGGUCCAGAUGUCUGUCUGGCCACUGGUUUCCGUCCACAGGCAAGCGAAAUGAUUCUGAAUGUGCAGAAUGGUUCAGAAUCUCUGAACACCAGCAGCGCGGCUCUGUCCAGGAACCUGAACACCUACUUCUACGCUGGAUUCAGCAAUGAGACCAUCUACUCCUGUGAGAUGCACAAGGCUUUCACGAACAACAAGAACAUGGACCUCUGUGCCGACCUUCGUCCAGAGAAAGCCAAGCUGAACUUCUACCUGCUGGUGAUGAAUGGAGUCAGAGUGGUGUUCACCAAGGCUCUGGCCUUCAGCACCAUCCUCACCAUCAGAGCCCUGCUCUUCUAACAGCCAGCUCAGAGCAGCGCCCCACCAACCAGUGAUGGUCCACCAGUAAGACCAGGACCUAAUCAGACUCAUUGAUCGAUUGAUUGAUUGAUUGGUUGAUUGAUUGAGUGAGGGCUGGACUAAGCACUGAUACUGUGCUGUGUUUUUUCUUAAAAUUUGAUAACAUUGACAUCUACGGUGGCCUCCAAGGACCAAACAACAAAACACACACACAAAAAACAUUUUCUUCAGAUUCUUUGUGUAACGAGACAGAAAAGAAAUUGGAUGUUGUUCCAACAGGAAUGUUGUAAAUGAAAUAUAUUAGUAUAACAAAACUUUUUUUAACAAUGCUUUCAUGUUACAGAAAAAUAAAGAUAAAAUAAUAA